AAUUUUUUAUUCAUACUAUUAACUAAAACUAUUCUCUUUUCCUCCUCUUUCCUCUCCACAUAGAAUUCAUUUUUCUGCAAGAGUAUCAACCAUGGGUGGUUGCAAGACUGAGGAGACCACUACUAUGGUGCUCGAGGUUGAUCUUCAAUGUUGCAGCUGCUACAAGAAGGUUAAAAAAAUUCUCUGUAAAUUCCCUCAAAUUAGAGACCAGCUAUAUGAUGAGAAGGCCAAUACAGUCACAAUUACUGUGGUAUGUUGCAAUCCUGAGAAAAUUCGUGACAAAUUGUGUAGUAAAGGAUGUAGAGUGAUUAAGUGCAUUAAAAUCAAAAGGCCUAAACCAGGAAAGGUUGAUCCACUACCAGGAAAGGUUGAUCCACCACCAGGAAAUGUUGAUCCAGGAAAGAUUGAUCCACCACCAGGAAAGGUUGAUCCAGAAAAGGUUGAUCCACCACUACAACCACCACCAUCAACACCACAGCUCAUUGCGGUUCGUAAAGAAUGUCGAAAAUUUCACACCUUAUCAUGUGCAAGAGAGUUGGCAGUGACAGUAAAGGAACUAAAUUUGUCGAGAAAAAAUGAGGAAUUCGCAUUUGCUUGA